ACUUCAUUACCAUUGACCUUAAACACACCGACUGACAACCACCGCAACUACCGUUAUAUAUAUCACACUCUCCAUCAGUUACACGUUUUCUAUCAUUUACACACCACACACACUAAAAUUUAAUCAAUCCAAUGGCAGGCAUUCAAAGCAAGCUGAUGUCCAUCCUUCUUAUCUGCUCGGCUUCUCUUUUGAUCGCUGAUGCCAUUGACGUCAAAUACUGCAAAAAGAAUAAAGAUUAUGGUGUGAAGGUCAGUGGAGUUGAGAUCAAUCCUUACCCAAUGCAAAGAGGGGUGGAGACCACAUUCACAAUUAGUGCUUCAACAGAAACGCCAAUCUCUGGAGGGAGCCUUGAUAUUGAUGUUUCAUACUACUUUUUUGGGGUCUAUAGUGAAACAAGUGACCUCUGCAGCAAAACAGAUUGCCCUGUUGCUUCUGGUGAAUUUGCAAUCUCUCACACUCAAUCCUUGCCUGGAGUGACUCCACCUGGCUCAUAUUCACUCACAAUGAAGCUGAAAGAUGGUAACAAUAAGGAGUUGACAUGUAUCUCAUUUGAUUUUAGCGUUGGCUGGUAUAGCGCCGAGGCGGAAAUAGCUUCCAUUUAAAUGCUUGAAAUCUGUCUUCUCGACCAAAUAAUCAAUAAAUAGCUUCCACGUACCUACAUGGUGUUUGUAUAACUUCCACUAUCUCACCUCUGGCUCUGUACUAUGUUAGGUAGUUUGACUGUAAUAACUGGGAUUUAUGGUUGUUAUGUCUUUUAUGUACGUAAAAAGUUAUAAAUCCGGUGUUAUUAUAUCUA